CAAAUGUUACAGUCCAUGAUGCCACAUAACCAACCUAGCUAUUGUUAAGCAAUAUAUUUUCAUAUUUUGUAUUCUUUAACUUAAUUUUAGAAUAUAUGUCCUGUAAUGCAGUAUUGUGGUGGUUCGCAAGGUAGACAAGGUUGCUGAUGCUGAUGCAUCUUCAUCUGAGUUUGUAUCUUGCAGGGCCACUGUAUCAUUAAUAACAUACAAUGGUUACUUCCAGGAGUACACCUUUAGUAUGAACAAUCAGAAUGAGUCUUCAUGGAGUUUGGAGUAUGAACUUAACCUUCUAAGUACAAUCUCUGAUACUGCAAGAUCUUAAAUCUUGACUAAAGUCACAGAACAAGAUCCAGCUUGCAUGUCCAAGUUACAAUCUACAGCUGUUGACACAGCUCCUGACAUAACUUCACAAAUAAUGAAAAAUCAGCUCUGUGGUUAAUCCUGCAGUAUCAGAGCCUUGACUACAGGUGGUGCAGGUGGUGAAAGAGUCGAUGCCAGACCUGUAAUAUGCAAAGGCAAGUCAUAUAUAUUCAUAAUAUAUGUUCAAGUCAGACCUGUAAUAUGCAAAGGCAAGUCAUAUAUAUUCAUAAUAUAUGUUCAAGUCAGAUUUGCAUGACUCAGAAUUAUAUAUUUACCAUGUACUUUGGGCAACUACUCUCAGAUAUGUUUAAACGUUUCUAAAGAUUAAAUGACUACUGAGUGAUUGUAUCUUUCAGUGUUGUGUGAAAUGUAUUUAAGAUCUCAAACGGCCAGACCGAAACAACCCAAAACAACUGAUUCUAGGAAUAAUGGAAACCUUGUUGUCCAUGCCUUCUCUUCUUCUCUUUAUCUUUACUGUUAUAACCUUUCCAUCCCUGCAACAACGAUGGUAACAUCUAUUCGGGUAGCCGUUAAACUCAUCCGCCGUAAUACCAUCGAUUCCCCUUACCAUAGUCUGAAGGAAAACGUCACAUACCUCAUGGAACGAGCCAUGAGAGCUUCGAUGGCACAUUUUAGAAGAACUUUAGCCAUGGAUGAUGAUAUUUAUGCCGACGUUCUUCCUAAUACCGACAAUUUCAUGUUUACUGUGAACCUGUCCAUUGGACAGCCACCUAUCUCUCUAUUCACUGCCAUGGACACGGGAAGCAGCCUUCUAUGUGUUAAAUCAACGCUCCCCUUUCCAGCAAUGUUCCCGACACUAUUUUCCAAUAUUUGACCCUACAAAAUCGUCCACUUUUGCUGACUUGCCAUGCAAUUCUGAGAAUUGUUCCCGACGCCGCACUUUUAAUUGAUUCAACCAAUGUAAAUAUAGGCAGUGGUACGUC